AUGUGUGGUUGUGCUGGUCAUGUUGCUUUUGAGUGCAAGGAUCGAAAGAUGACUUGCUUCAACUUCAACAGGCCAGAUCACAUUAGCAAAGAUUGUUCGUAUCCCAAGAAGGAGUUGAGGAGUAAAGGACAAAGCUCUCAAGCCAAUAAACCAAAAACCACGAGGGUCUUCUCUCUUAGUGGUGUUGAAGCCUCAAAGUUUGAUGACUUAAUCCAAGGUACAUGCCUCAUAAAUGGGACUCCUUUAGUUGUACUUCUUGAUUUUGGUGCAACUCAUUCCUUCGUGUCAAGUGCUUGUGUUAAAACUUUGAGUUUUCCUUUGUCUUGUUUGAAGUUUGAUUUGGUUGUUGACACACUAACUAGUGGUCCUGUCACUACUUCUGAUCUAGAGGUGAUUAUUGGUGUGGACUGGUUAUCUUCCAACCAUGUGCUGUUAAAUUGCUUUGAUAAAAUGGUGGUGUUUGAUGAGUCUGUUGAGGGUAAAGAUGAGAGGAUCUUCUAUCCCUACUUGGAUAGUUUUGUUGUGGUCUUCAUGGAUGAUAUCCUAGUGAACUCUAAGACUAAGGAGGGACAUGCUGAGCAUUUGAGGGUUGUGUUGCAAACCCUUAAGGUCAAACAACUUUAUGUUAAGUUAUCCAAGUGUGAGUUCAAGUUAGAGGAGGUGAGUUUCUUAGGACAUGCCAUAUGCAAGGAAGGGAUAGAUGUAGACCCAUCUAAGGUAGAAGUUGUGCUUAAGUGGGAAACACCUAAGUCUAUUUUUGAGAUUAGGAGUUUCCUAGGUUUAACAAGUUACUAUAGGAGGUUUAUAGAGGGUUUCUCUAAGUUAGCCAUGCCUUUGACCAAGUUGACUCAUAAGGAUCAAGCUUUUGUGUGGGAUAGCCAUUGCGAGAGCAGUUUCCGAAAGCUUAAGAGUAGGUUAACAUCAACACCUAUGUUGGUCUUGCCCAACCCGAGUGAGCCCUUUGUAGUGUAUUGUGAUGCAUUUAAGAUGGGUUUUGGAGGAGUUCUUAUGCAAAAGCCUAUGCAUCUAGGUAGCUUAAGACUCAUGAGAGGAAUUAUUGAAGAUAAUGCUACAUGGGAGCUGGAAAGUGUAACUCCUCAAAUUUUAAACUGA